AUGGCGGAGAGCAUCAUAUCUCCUCAGGCUGUUACUGCACCCGAGGAUGCCAUAGUCAGCCACUUGUUGUCUCGAGUCUUGUCCGGUAGCAAAAUAUGCAAGGCAGCAGAACUUGCUGCAUUCCUUCCUCGGUGGCUUAGCGAAAUCAAAGAGAAUAAACCAGUUUCUCCGGAUAUCCCAGAGCUACUAGCUCAUCUUUUGCUCCCAUUUGGUACAUCUGCUAUCCUGGAACACAUUGAGAGGCUCCAAGUCCCCGACUCUUUGACCGAUAGGCAGAAAUGGAUGGUGAAACUCCUUGUUCUCAUGGACAAUAAAGCACAUGAAAGGCUGCUGCAGAAGUUGGGAUCUAUUCCAGAUCAACAGAUAUCAUUCGAAGAUCUCUGUGAGCAGGAGAACGCUCAAGAAGACAAUACGGAUGAUGAUCUCGUCAUUGACCCCAAACGAACCCUACAAUUUGACUAUGACAUGCGUGGUGUGAUGACUCGGGGCGACAAAGACGCAAUGAGAAAGCACACCGACGUCUUUUACGUGACCGGCUCCGUUGCCUGGACUGUCCGAUCUCCUUACUGGAAUGUCGCCUUGGCCACCGAUGAUGAAGGUAACCGAAUUCUCUCAGAUGAUGUCUUGGACAAAGUUCUUCCCAAAUGGAGACAAAUUCUCACUGGGGAGACGAUCCCGACCCCGAAGUACGGUGUUGUCGAUUCAUUUCGUUCAUGGCUAGUCAGGGAGGAGAAAAAGGCCAGUGAUCUAGGCAAACCUUGGCCCAACCCCCCUGUCCAUGCUGUCUCUUCAGCCUCGAAUUCUAAGUUCAUAGGCCCCAAGACUCCAGAACCAUAUUCUCGGCUUCGCAGCGUGAAUGCAAUCCGUCUCUCUCCGCUUGAAUCCACCCCAAAUGUCACCGACAGUGAACAAACUGAAUUGCUCCGAGAAAUACUCACGGAGAUCAGAGAAUUGAAGAAUAUGAUCAGCCAAAAUUUUCAAAGGAAGCAAGAGCUCGAGAUCGCAGAACGUCAAACGCAUGAAUAUUGGCAACAGGGCUACCCUCCCAUUCCUCAAGGAAUGCAAGCCAACUAUCUCGUGCCGCAACAGGGUCCAUUCGACGUUGCUCAACAUCAUUCCCUCCAACUCGAGUCGGAUUGGCAGCGCUGGAACUCACAGUACCAAGACCCGACUACCAUGCCAGGCCCGGGAACUGAUUCAUCUCGUCGUCUCUAG